AUGUAUUCUCUUCUGUAUGCAGAUCUCUCGUUGUGCUUGGCUUUGGUGGUCUGUGCUCAGAGUCCAGCAUGUCCUUCUCCGUGCACGUGUGUGCUCCAGGGUCGCAGUGAUGCCAAAGGACUAAGAACUGUGCUCUGCAAGAACCCGGCCUUGACUUCCGUUCCAAUAGAUUUGCCAAGUGACACGGUGAAGUUUCGUCUGGAGCGCACCUCUGUUUCCAGGAUCUUUAGAGGAGCUUUCUCAGCCAUGCCAGAGCUGCUUUAUUUAUGGCUUACAUAUAACUCUAUCUCCGUCCUGCACCCAAGGAGUUUCACAAACUUGUCUUCCCUACAUGAGUUACGACUGGACGGGAACCUGCUGUCCACCUUCCCCUGGGAAGGGCUCAGGGAUAUGCCCCGUCUGCGAACUCUUGGACUACACAAUAACCGCCUGGCACGAAUCCCACUCCUGGCUGCCCGCUACCUUAGAAAUGUGACUUACCUGGAUCUCUCGAGCAACAGGCUGAGCACUCUGGCCAAUGACCUGACGGCUCUCUGGCUGUUCAGUGACGGCAAUCAAACCCAGCGCUCCUUUGUUUUAGAGGGCCAAAGUUCCUCUGACUCAGUUUGCAUUCAACACACUUGUCAGGUGGUAUUUGGUCUUCAGGACAACCCCUGGGUCUGCGAUUGUCGGCUUUCCACCUUGCUUGACAUUAGUAGAGGCCCAGAAAGCUCUCUGGUGCUGCUGGACCGCUUCCUGACAUGUAGUGAACCUUUGGAUCUAGCUGGAGUUCCCUUUCAGAGCGUAGAGCUCAGCCGCUGCCGCAGGCCGUAUGUGGUGACGUCUGCCACAAAGAUCACCGCUCUGCUGGGCAGCACUGUCCUGCUCCGCUGUGAGGCCACAGGACACCCGACGCCAGCACUCAUGUGGAUCAAAUCUGCAAAACACAACCUUUAUAACCAAGGUUGUUGUAAGCAGACACAAAGCAGCCUGGAUACUGAAAGAUUACCCAAAAAACUUUUUGGCUAUGUGCAAGAGUCUCCUCGUGUGGGGCUCCGCUGGUCUGUGGUCAGUCUGAACGGGAUUUCCUACAGUGAUGCAGGAGAGUAUCGGUGCAGAGCGCAAAACAUGGCAGGCAUUUCAGAGGCCGUCGUCAGUCUGAAGGUAGUCGGAGUUAUGGCCGAAUAUACAGACUCCAAAAACUCUGACCAACAGCAAACUGCGACAAAAUCAGACUCUAAACGGAGGAAACCCACGCAGAAAUCUAAGGCAAUGACGCCUCGAAACAUGACCGGUUCCGAGGUGGAGCCACCAUGGAGCAAGAUUCAGCUGCCAGAUCAAUAUAUUGAACUCUUCAUCAUGUUCUUUAAAGAUGCAGGGAAUAACCAGAUUCUGAGCUUUCCAACAUUGACCAGACAAUCACACAGUCUGCCUCCACCAGCUUGUAGUCAUCAUACAGUGCAUCAAUGUGCCAUCAAUUCCCCAGGAGCGGACGACAGUGGAUAA